GUGCUUAUCUCCGCGUCAGUGGCACCCGGGGCAGUCGGGUGACGGUGACCUCGGGGUCUGCAGGCUCAGGGGCGCCGCGGGGAGGCGAUGGGCCCCAGCAGACGCAUCCGGGAAGGUUGGACCUCAGAGGGCAGCUGGCUCCUGGCCUGCACCUGCGUGUGCUGGGGUGCCCCAGGCCUGGAGGACGGAGGAGGGCCGGUGGCCGGCGCCUUCACCUGCCUCACCAACAGCAUCCUCAGGUUUGACUGUCUCUGGUCCGCCCCGGAGCCAGGCCAGGGCACCGGCCCCUGGCUCCUCUUCACCAGCCACCAGGUGCCGGGCAGCCAGCACAGGUGUGUCUUCCGAGCCGGUGCGUGCAGCGUCGAGCUCCCACCUGAGGAGGUGCUCCUGCCGUCCGACAGCUUCACCCUCACUUUUCACCACCACGUCUCCGGGGAGGAGCAGGUCUGCCUGGUGGACCCCCAGUACCUGCCCCGGAGACAUGUGAAGCUGGACCCACCUUCCAACUUGCAAAGCAACGUCAGCUCCGACUCCUGCGUCCUGACCUGGAGCAUCAGCCCUGCCCUGGAGCCCAUGCGCACGCUGCUGGCCUACGAGCUGGCUGUCCGGAGGCAGGGGCAGGCUUGGGAGUGGGCCCAGCACAAGGGCCACAUCGUCGGGGUGACCUGGCUCCGCCUCGAGGCUGCAGAGUUGGACCCCGGCUCCACCUAUGAGGCCAGGCUGCGUGUGCAGAUGGCCGCACAGGAUGAUGGCGUCGCCGAGGAGGAGCGCUACGAGGGCCAGUGGAGUGAGUGGAGCCAGCCCGCACGCUUCCCCUCACCCCGGAGACGAGGCCCGUUGACACCACCCUGGGGGCGGCCAGGCAGCAGUCUUGUUGCUCUGUCCAUCUUCCUCCUGCUGACCAGCCUGACCUAUCUCCUGUUCAAGCUGACGCCCAGGGUGAAGAGGACCUUGGGCCAGGGCGUGCCCUCCCCGGCAGCAUUCUUCCAGCCCCUCUACAGUGUGCACCACGGGAACUUCCAGAUCUGGGCCGGGGUCCACCGAGCUGGUCUGCAGCUGAGCCGGGAAGGCGAUGGCCCCCUGCCAGGAGCCCCGGAGUCUGGCUUUGGGGAGGCCAUCUCGCCCCUCACCUACAUCAUCUACAGCCCGCUGGGCCGAGAGGAGGGGGAGGGCACGGGUCACGGCCUCUCAGAGGACAAGCUGCCGGCAGGGAGCGGGGAGCAGGGGGCACAGACGCCCGCCUACCUGCCGCAGGAGGACUGGGCCAUCGUGUCCCCUGUGAGGCCGACUCCCCCAGACCCCGAGGGUGGCAGCAGCAGCGACUAUUGCGCCCUGGGCUGCGACGGGGGGUGCCCCCUCUCUGCGUUGGCCUGGAGCCUUUCCUGGGAGCGGCGGAGCCCGGACGCCCAGCCCGGGGCCCGGUCCUGCGCGGGGACAGGGAAGAGUCAGCGGCAGACAGCCGGCCUGGGCCUGCAAGUCCUGGAGCCCUGACUCGGCCCCCAGGGGAGUCCACGCCGUGUCCGUUUGGGGAAAACGGAGAUGACCCCUGGUCGGGGCCUGGAACCCGCACGGGGGCAGCUUGCCCACCCCCUCCACUCAGCGCCCGGGGAGGGGCCUCCGCCGAGGCCGCCCCACCUCUGUCCUGUGCGGCGUCUUCUCCGCGAAGAGGGGUGAAGGGGUGUCUGCUCUGAAUGCUGUUCUCCCACCGCCCCCGUGGGCCGCCCUAGUGCCUCCUGAGGCACCCCUCUUUUGGGGAUUGAACCGUGUCCCCCCAAAAAUACACGUAAAUGUGACCUUAUUUGUAAAUAGGACCUUUGAAGAUGUGAUUAGUUUAGAUGAGGCCAUACUGGAUUAGGGCCUCCAAUGGGACUGGAGACUUACUAGGAGGGGAGAUGUGAGACAGACAGACAGAGAUGGGGCUGUGGACCGAGGCAGAGGUUGAGGGACGCCACCACAAGCCAAGGGAGGGCUUGAUUCUGGACUUCCAG